AUGCUGAAAAGGCUGCUGAGGAAGCACAACGCCGCAAAGAACAAGAGCGACAGCGAGAUCGUAACAUUGAUAACAUCAGGCAACGAGAGAGGGGUGAACGAGGAGGCCGUGGCCGGGGCAGAGGUGAUAGGGGAGGCUAUCGUGAUUUCGAUAGGCGUCCUACACGAGAUUCAAGGUCUCCACCUCCUAGACGCCGAAGCCCACCACCUGGCUUCCGUGGUCCUCCUCCCCCACGUGAGACUGAUACAUACAUUCCACCUAGCCGAGGUGGCCGUCGUUCAGAUGACAGGCGACGCCGGUCGCCUUCUCCUAGAAGAUCGCCUUCCUACUCGCGGUCCCGGUCUAGAACUCCACCACGUCGAAGAUACAAAGACGACGAUCCUCCAAGACCACGCCGUCGAUAUACUCCAAGCCAAUCUCGGACUCCUCCACGACGGACUUAUGGCAGAGAUAGAGGUCAGAGGGUUCGGGGACGUGGUGAUGAUCGAGCAAGAUCCUACACACCUUCAGAUACCUCUCGCUCACGUUCCCCCAGACGAAAAAGACGCUCCCCUUCCCUGUCGUCUCGUAGUCCUACACCACCUUCAAGAGCCAGACAUUAUGGCCGAAGACGGCGUUCGUCAUCUCCAUCGAGUUCUCGCUCAACAAGCAGGGACCGAAAACCUGCGGGCAGAUCCAGAAAAUCACUUUCCUAUGACAGUGAUGACAGAAGGAGUCGCGCUGAUUAUCGAAAGGGACCAAGACAUCAUCAUGACCAGCAUCGUAGCCCCAGCCCCAGCGGUAGCCACAGCAAAGAACGACUUUCUCCUGCUCCUGCACCAUUAG